UUUGAUAAAAAAAUUCAAAACUUCAGUACUUUGUUUAUCCAUAAACAAGGAAUUAUUAAAUCUUAAUUUAAUUGGUUAUGCUAUAAAUACUUUCUGUGUGCUUAAUUAUUUUUUUUCAUCAUGACUCUUUUGAAUUAAUUUUUAACAAAACCAGUAACAAUUCUAAACGCUUUUAUUAUGACGUCGUUUAAAAAAUCUUUUGUGAAACCGUUUGCUCACACUACCGAACAAUACACUGUUGAAGAUUCAUAUUGGAAAAAAUUAACUAGUCCAGUUUUAGUUAAGGAGUUUGGUCCAAUUGAUUAUGUCCAUUUUUCUCAGAAACUGCCCUAUCACUUUGCCGUGUCAUGCUCAGCAAGAGUUCAAGUUUAUAAUCCUGUAACUAAAGUUGUUACUAAAAAUAUAAACAAAUUCAAAGAAGCAGCUUAUGGUGCUUCAUUUAGAGCAGAUGGACAAUUAUUGUGUGCAGGAGGUGAAGAAUCAAUUGUUAGACUCUUUGAAGUGAAUACUAAAUCUAUGCUUAGACAAUUUAAAGGCCAUAAAGCCGCUGUUCAUCGAACUUUUUUUACUAGAGAUGGGUUACAUAUUGCUAGUUUUUCUGAUGACAAAAAUGUUUCUCUGUGGGAUAUUGCUAGUCAGCACAUAAGUGGACACUAUGAAGGCUAUCAUACAGAUUAUAUUAGAGCUGGUUGUGUUUCCCCAGUUUCAUCUAAUAUAGUUGUAUCUGGUGGUUAUGACAAAAAUAUAAAUGUGUUUGAUUCAAGAACUAAAUCUGUGUCAAUGUCUGUUAAUCAUGAAGCACCCGUUGAAAGUUUAAUGUUUUUACCUUCUGGCAGUUUACUUAUAUCUGCAGGUGGAACAGAAGUCCGAAUAUGGGAUGUUUUAGCUGGUAAACUAUUAGCUAAACUCACACAAAAUCAUAAGACUGUAACUGCUUUGUGCAUGGCUAAGAAUGGUUCAGCAAUUGUUACUGCAUCAUUAGACAAGCAUGUUAAAAUUUAUAAUGUUUCAUCUUUCCAAUUAUCACAUGAUAUAACAUACCCAAGUCCAGUACUUAGUAUAGACAUAAGCAGAGAUGAUAAAACAAUUGUAGCAGGUACUGUAGAUGGAAUAGUUAAUAUCACUAAACGUGAUACAACAUUAAAACAUAAUUCAGAAAAUAAGAAACGUUUGGCUAGAUCUGAAGCUAUUGUUCAUUCUGAUGGUAUUAAUAUGACUGUACCUGUUAUGCAGCCUGACCAAAUGGCCAAGUUUGACAUAGCACUAAGAAAAUUUAAUUAUUCUCAGGCUUUAGAUUUAGUUUUAAUUCAUGCUAUUGCUUUUAAGAAACCUCAUGUUACAGUUUUUGUUUUUGAUGAACUGUGCAGGAGAAAUGGAUUGGUUCAAGCAAUAUCUAAUAGAAAUCAAAAACAAUUAGCGUUUUUAUUGAACUUUAUUGUUCGAUAUAUUGGUGUCCGAAAGUUAUCAAAGACACUAACUCAUGUUGCUUCAACUAUUAUUGAUUGUUAUUGGGAUAUAUUUGAUAGUUGUACCUUCGAAGUACGUGCUUUAUUGAUUAAAUUACAUUCUGUUGUUGAGAAUGAAAUAUUACUAACAAAAAGAUUGCUGGCUAUUGAUGGAUUAGUAAAGAUGUUACUAAUAAGUUCAGAAGUUGUACCAGAUAUUACAGAAACUCAAAAAAGUAUGAAGUCAAUAUUAAAGAAUUCAUGAGAAAUAUGUGUUUAGUGUAAUUUAUUUUCCAAUAAUUUCAAUGGCAAUAAAUAAUGUUUAUUAUUUCUAAACUUCUAAAAAAUUAUUAAAUAAUCAUCAAUGACAUAAAAGCAUUAUAUAAAAUUAUUUUUGUUAAAAGUUAAAUUGAAACUAUAUUUUCUUAAUGUAUUGACAGUAUUUUUGUAGAUUUUUUGUUUAUGUUUUUAGUUAAAUGUAUCAAUAUUAAUUUUGAAAAUUAAAUAUGAUUGUGAAACCUAGAAAUGGUUCCAUGUGACCCUUGAAACCUGUCAUAACAUUAAUUUUUAUUGAAAAAUGUUAUUUCAUAUUUAAUUUAAAUAUAAUUAUUUAAAUGAUAAUUCUAAAAAAAAUUUUAAGGUAAUCUUUUUUAUGUAAAUAAUUAGUUUAAAAUUAAUUUCCUAUUUUAAAAUAUUUUUAAGUUUUUUAUUUGAGAAAAGCUUGAGAAGUGUUUAAUUAAUAAUACUAGAAAUAUAAUUUAUAAGCAAUAGAUAUUUGAAUAGUCAUAAUAUUAAGUGUAUUAAUACACUUAUUAGUUAAUCAGACCUACUUG